AUGUCAGACUUGCCAGAGGGCGACAUCCCCCAGACCACCACCCCACCUAACAACACACUCACCCCUCCAAGGUCUCCACCGUCGGCGGACGCGAUAGAGUCAGAGCUCAAGCUGUCGAGAAAGCGAGAGAGGGAAGUGUCUGUUGAACCGGUGACAACACCGUCAGCGACGAAUGAUACCGAUCCUCUGCUCCGCGGAAGAAAAGACACAGCCAUCCCUCUAAAGAAGAACAGGCGACAUUUGGAUCCCACUGAAGAGGAGGAAGACGGUGGCUCCGGCUCUGGAUCUGGAUCACCCCCCACACCCGCUGCACUCGCAUCGCCGCGUCAAGAGAUGAAGCGCAAGGUCCGACAAAUAUCCCGGGGCGUUGAGGAUAUCAACUGGAAAAACAAAAAGCUCAAUGCGUCGGAGAAGGAUGUCGAGCUCGACGCCGAUAUCGAUGUGGUUGCGCCCAAGCUGUCGAGCCGGCAGGAACAUGCGGCCCAGGUUGCUAGUCAGCAAUCCAUUGAUCAGGAUAUUGAAAUUGCGGAAGAGGACUCGCCACCGAAGACUCCUGAAGACUCGGCGCUGUCACAGUCAGUCCAGGAUGUGAAGAGCCAGGAUGCGACAAUGGCCACCGAGGCCCCGUCUUCCCAGGAGUCUAAUCACCUCAGCGCAGGCUCCACCGAGAAUAACGACAAGGGGCUGAAGCGCAAAUUCCUCGAGCGCGGUACCAGUCAUGGGCCCCCAGAAAAUGGAGAAAGCACAAAUCAUGUCUCCGAACCUCUGAAACGUCCUAGGGACGAAUCUGACAAGGAUGAUAACCCUAGGGAGAGUAAGCGCCCCACUCCCCCUCCAUCACCUCCCAGGCCGUCGCCACCGUCUCCCAAAGUACCCAAGAAGAGUGGUUUUAUGGCAUACGCGUCUACAAGCUCUCCUUUUGCGUCUGUGAAAGGGCAGAAUCUGUUUGUGUCUGGGAAAGGCACGAACACACCCCCAGCUUCUAGUAGCCCGGCAACAUCAACAAUGUCGACACCGGCUAUUGAAUCCACCUCCACUUUCGGACAAACUUCUUCCUCGGCUGUCGCCUCCGCUGUGCCAUCCCUAUCAGCUGUAUCUACAGCCACACCAGCUAAACGCACGGGCUUCGAGGCCUUUGCCUCUUCGUCAUCGCCAUUCGCGAGUGCCGCUGCGCGCUCCCAUUCGCCUGUUCUCGGCUCCGUGUCCAAGUUAGGCGCCAAUGCCCUCUCAACGCCUCAUAAAACCUCAUCGGCGCUGAAUUCAAAUCCUAAUCCGUUUGCGUCUUAUGCGGGUCCGAGCCAUGGAUUUGGGCUGCCUUUGCAGAAGAAGGCACGGGCGGGCUCGCCGGAUGGGUCUGGGCGGAGCUCGUUGGAGAGGACCGGUUCUGCUGGUAUCUUCGGUGGCAGCGGAGAUUCUGGAAAGGGAUCAGAUGAUGGGGAUGAGGAAGAGCAGGAAGAUGGCGGUGCUACUACCUUUGGAGAGAGGUUGCGCGCCAGCAAAAAUGGCGCUGAAGAGGGAAAGUGGGAUGAAGAUAAUAAAGUUCAACUGGAAGAGCAAGACGUUAUGACUGGAGAAGAGGAAGAAGAGACUCUGCAUCAAGUUCGCGGUAAAUUAUUCUCUUUGCAUGAAAACUCGUGGAAGGAAAGAGGCACUGGCCUUUUAAAAUUAAAUGUCAAAGUUGUUGACGGAACGGGAGCUCGCUUGAUCAUGAGAAAAGAUGCAGUGCACACUUUGCUAUUGAAUAUCACCCUAUUCCCCGGAAUGCGCUGCAGUCUUGCGCAGGAUCCUAGAUAUAUUCGUUUCAGCGCUAUCGAAAACGGAAACGCAACUACAUACAAUCUAAAGGUUUCGAAUGCUAAAAUUGCUGCCGACCUCCUCGAAGAAAUCAACGCCAACAUCCCCUCCUGA